AUGCUUGGUGCAAGAACGGUCCUGCUGCUCACCCUGCUCUUCACCUUCUCCCUGCACCACGCUGCAGCCUACUCCACACCCACCGAAUGCUGCUUUGAGUACGCGCUGAAACCCGUCCGGCACAUGUGGAGCUUCUACAAGACGCCCAGUGACUGCGCCUUGCCUGCAGUCGUGAUUGUGACUGCCACUGGUGCCAAGAUCUGCGCCGACCCCAAGAGGCCCUGGGUGAAGAGAGCCAUCAGAAAGCUGCGAGGGGAAAAAUGA